AUGUUGAGUGCAUCUGCCCUCAAUACUCCUCCUGGGACCUCAACCUUUGAGGCUCCUCGGAACUCAUCCCUCUUCUCUGUCCUGCCUCCUACGUCUCCCUCUCCUGGUACUCCUGGUAGUGCCGUGGGCCAUGCGCCAGGUUCAGUGCAUGUGGACGUUCUGCCAGCCAUGACCGGAUUCUCCCGGUUCACCCAACUGGCAGCGCCCUGGAGCUAUUCCAAACAGGAGGGCCUCACUCUUUCCCAGCUCUCCCACUCCAACUUUUCCUACCUUCUCAGCGCCCAUCCCUCUGUUCCACCCUAUGAGCCUGUUGCCGACGCCACUGGCUUUGUGCGCAUGCGCAUCAGCAUCCAUGAAAACGGUCUCUUCUUCUUUCUCUCUUUGUCCUCCCUGCCCCCCUGCCCUCCCACCAGCGCCCAUCCCUCUGUUCCACCCUAUGAGCAUGUGGCCAACGCCACUGGCUUUGUGCGCAUGCAGCAUGAGCAUCAGGAUCCAUGA